CGCAAGGGAAAGAGGGAAGCCUCCAUCUCCAGCGAGAAGAGAAGAGAAGACGAGCCCCAAACCCUAGCCUCGAUCCUCGCCCACCCCGGUUCACCAUGGCGCUAUGCAGCCUGGCCGCGAGGAUGCGGGUCGCCGCCGCCGCCCGGCUCCCGUCGGCCCCUCGCGUUUCGCCGGCGUCUGGCAGUCGGGCCCUCCCUUUCUCCUCCUCCUCCAGUAAGAGCGCUAGAGACUGGUACCUGCUUCAGCGAGAACGUUAUGACAGUGUGACAAGAGAGUUAAAAAACUACAGCCGUGAGGUUGUGUGGACUGAAAGGCUAGCUAAGCUGCUUAAUGUGGUAUACGUGCUGGGUAUGCCUUUUAUCGUUGGCCCUUUGGUCUUAAAAGGGAUUGCCAUUCGGAGAAUGUGAGGGGGUAGCAGCCAUACACUGCUUCGUUUAUUACUGCUGAUGCAUGUGAACUCGUAGUUCAGCACUCUCUUUGUGUUAACUGCCUGACUUGCAAGAGCAGAUAACCAUAUGGGAAUAAUGGCUUGUUGCGUCUGUGUCUUGACCCGCAUUGCGUCGCGGAUAACCUCGUGAUUAUGGCUUUAUGUAGAUUUGUGCAAGCGUAGUUGUUUGCUGUAAUGGUUUCUUGCACUUGUUUGCCGUUAACUUAUGUCUGUCCCUAUGGAGCUACUGUUUCUGAGUGGUGUUGGGUUUCUCCAGGUGCGCUUUGUUGGCCCUGAUUUAUGUACACUGGACUGCUAUGUGCAGCGCCAACUUUGCUCUGUGCAGAGCUAAGCUAUUAGCGAAAUCAUAUGGCUUAAGAUUA